AUGCACACUUACGAUUCCAAUAAAUUAUUAAUGACUCCUUCCACUGCCACUACCACCCCCCGUCCAGCUACUUCAGCCACCACUGUCACCCCCGAUCCAGCUACUAAAAAAAGAAACGCAUUGAUGUUGACUAAUUCGACCCCUAUUGGAAUUAUUCAUUCAUGCAAGCAGAGCUCCGAUGGCAUGGAGCGUCUUGUUGAAGGUCAACGCAUCAGGCUACUUAGAAGAUUCCAAGAAGUAGUGGAUAUCUUUGUUAGAAAUUUUGAACGAACUGCGGAUAAGUUUAAACAGCUUUUGGAUGAAUUAGAGAACUUGCGUAGAAAAGAAUAUGAAGGGAUGAGAACCGUUGGACAGCUUGACUGUUCAAUUCCUAAGCAUCCUGGAAUGGUCAUCUUUAAGAAAAAUUUUGGUGCAUUAAGGCCCGAGUACAAGCGUUUUCAAGGUCAAGAACGCUGUAAGUGGGAAAAAAAGGUUGAGAAGCUAUUGAACGAGAUUAUGUCUGUAAAACUGAGUACAGAAUGGUCUUUUGCUAAAGGCAAGGAAGGUGAACAGCCAUGUUGGAAAAACUACGAUGUCUGGAUCAAUAUUGUCGAUUUUGAAUAUCGGGACAACAUCUUAAGUACCAAAGGACCAAAAAUGCAUGCCAAAAUCGAGGAAAAGCAAUAUGAAGUGAAGACUAGAAUUGCAGCAUUACAUGUACUUGUUGAUGAUUAUUCAACCACGCUCAAUUCACAUAAUGCCGAACCCGUCACUAGACCAUCAGAAAUAAGCGGAAAGAUUUAUCCCAGUACAGCAGAAAUCAAGGAGAUAAAAACCAAAUACAUUGGUCAAUAUGUUGCCUUCAAGACAGAAGUUACUGCUUUGCAGCACCAGACGAGUAUGAAAAUCGAUGACUUCCAUACAAUCAACGCCGAAGCAUUGAAAGUCUACAAGUCUUUUCUGGAGUACGUAAUAAAGAAGACAAAGUUGCGUCUGGAUUUAGAUCACCAGCUCACCAGAGCAUUCAAUGACGUCUUGCAUACUUGUGGCGGUAUUACUGAAGUACUUGAACUAAGCACCAAGAAUGACUACACUUUAUCAGAUACCUUUGUCGAGGACGUACUCCUCACAAUUCAACCCACUAAUGAGGCAGAAAGCAGAAACGAAUUGGAAGAUGCUAACGCUCUGUGUGCUCAAGAUUUGAUUUCAUGGGAAGCCAAAUACGAAAUUUUUAAAACGAGAUCCAGGAAUUUGCACAACAGACUCAAAUCUGACUUCCUUGAUAAACAAAAAUGGCUCACCUCGGUGCAAAUUAAAAGGACAACAUGCGAGAAGUUAAUGGGAUUUUACCAGAGGAGAAAGAAAAUGUACUCUCGGUUGAACCUAAAAAGCAAGAGAAUAUUGAACGAAGAGAAGAAGUGUAUGAUAGGUGAAUUAGAAGAAAUGAAACGAGGGCUUGAAAAGAUGGCUGCAGAUUUUGACACCGAUUCAAGAAGGGGAUGA